ACAUCUCUCUUGUGGCAUCUGAAAGUGAGCCCAUGGCUGCUCCCACGGUGGCACAUGUGGAGAAGAUGUUGAAAAAGGCUGAGCAAUGUGCCCGUUACUACCAAGACCAGCAGCUCAACAUACUGGGCUCGAUGAUGGCAAAGCUGCAGCUAUUUACAGAUACCUCGGCAAAACGCUGUAAGGAUAAACAUCUUGAUGAAGCUGCACAGUUAUUAGGGUCUCCAGAGCACGUUUUGGGGCAACUGUCUGAUGGCGACAUCCUUCCCUUGCUUUGUUAUAUAUUUAAGUGCCAGCUUGAUUCAUGCAAUAGCACCUGCUCGUUCCAGAAAUUGGAAAAGCUUCUUUUGAAGUUCUCCCAGGUUAGGCCACACUUGGUGUCACAAGAACGAGAAUCCUUGUUGACCAGUCUGUUACAGGGUGUAGAGGUGUUACAACUCAGAGAUCUUCAGACAGUAUGUAUGUAUCUGGAAGGGAGCCCGGCAAGCCAGAAUUACUUUAAGGAGCACAUCCACUCUGUACUUUCUGUAGUACAAUCUACUUUUUCUGUAGUUCUUCAAGACAAAACUACCAAGGGCAGUGAGCAGUGCUAUCUGACUGUCAAGAUAUGUCUUCAGAUAUUCAGGGAACUGGCAGAAGAGAUCAUUCCACAGAUUUGGACCCCUGCUUCUAGUCCAAACUCCAUCCAAACCAUCCUGGAAUUCUUGGUGCAAGUCAUGAUAGCUCAAGAUGCAAGUAGAGAUACCAGGCUAUUGGCUGGAACCGCAAUGGCUUCACUAGUAAACACAUCACCCUCGACGGAGUUAGGAGCCCAAGCUGGAUUGAAUCUGGUCCUGUGGCUAAGAGACUGUACUGGAAAGGUGAGAUUUGGGGGGCUGUCUGUGUCCAUGCCAUGCUCCCCCACAGAUGAAGUUGGACUACUGGCUUUGAUCCGUGGACUGCUGACAUGUAGCCGUGCAGAUCUCCUUUCCUAUGUGCUAUUGGCUUUUAGCCAGGAAAAGACCAUGCUGGAACAUCUCUUUCCUGCUAUUAGCUCUAUAUGUAGGGGACAAACCGAAGAAUAUUACAGCUUCCAAGUUUUGUGCCUCUGGUUACAGCGCGUGCGUGACCAUAUAGCUGAGAUCCUGCUUGUACGGAAUGGAUUAUUGGUGGCAAACAAUGGGGAGAUCCUUUCUGAAGUUACUCUGCUGCUUUGGGCUGGUGCUGAAAUGCCCAUUGAUGGUAUGUCUGGAUUGAUCCUCAGCUGCUUCCAACAUUGCCUGCAUAUUUACCACACAGAAUGUCAGCUCAUGGAGUUAUCAGAGGAUGUGUUUCUUCAGGAUAUGCUGCAGAAGAUCAUGAAAACCUCAUGGCAGUCCCGGUCAAGAUAUACUCCGCUCUGUGCAUUGAUACCCUUCCUAGGACCUAAUCUAACCCUCACUAUGUACCCAAAUCUCCCAGCUCACCUGUUCAAUUGCCUUUCCACAAACUAUUUGUGUCCUCCUGCUUCAGAGACCUAUCGUAUCCUCAUAACACUGCAACGGAAGGAGUGGAGCCUAGAGGUCCAGCAGGAUGAGAAGGAGUUGGGCAGAUGCUGGGCAAUGACCUGGCUUAUUCAUCUUUGUGAUGCACUUAGAUCCACGGAAAGCUCCCUACAAAGUAAUGCUGCCACACACCUUCUGCCUUGCACCCUUAGCUGCUUCUCAGAGUCUUUUACUUUGCUGUCAGAGCAACUCAGUGGUCCUAGUCCUUCAGAUCUGUGUGGGUGGAUCUGCCUCCUACGUGCACAGAAAGUGGUUUUGGGUGGAGUGACUGAAGAUGUGGAGAAGAGGUUGCAAGCAUGCCUGGAGUCUGCUGAUGAUGGAGUUCGUCUAAAUGCUCUGAGUUUCCUCUGCUGUGGUACUCGAACCAGCCAGCCCCUUUCUCCACAGGAGCUCCGUCUUCUCAGAACCUUUCUCCCAUAUAACCUGGGAUGUGACAAUUCUGGUUUCAGGCAGCAGCUACAGGCAGCUCUUCGCAGAGCCAUUGAAAGACUACGAGAUGGAGCUUUGACUGCUCUUCGCAAAGGACAGAGCCAAGAAAUAAGCCUUUGCCAAGCGAUAGAUUUUUUGGAGUGGUUGCUUCAAUUAAGUGUCUCUACAAUCUCCACUGCUGGAAAUUACCAACGCCGCUGCAGUGGUCUGCUCACUUUCUCUGCUUUGCUAGAAAGCUGCUCUGACUGCUGGACCCCCCAGAAGAAGAAAGGACAACCUCCCCGCGAUAUGUCUGUAUUGCUCACCUAUGCAAGACAGAGAGGAUGCUGGGAUUUUUUCUCUGUGUCCAACAUGAAGGCACUUCUUGGAUGCAUUCAAGAUAGCACUAAUGAGAUCCGCGAGAUGGCAUCUGAUUUGUUGGUGCGUUUUUUCCUUCCUGCCCCAGAGCCUGUUUUCCUCCCACUAUAUGAGUUGGGCAAAGCCAUUCUAUGCAGUCCCAGGGUGCCUUUAGCUGAAGUUGGUGCUCUCAUAAUGAAGACGCUGAUGCAGAGUCCACAGGGAGUGGUGGUGUCGCCAGGAAAUGAACCGGUCACCAUGCUGCGCCUUGUGACCUUUCUUACAGAGAUGUUACAGGAGCACUACAACUGUGCCCGGGACAAUCUUCUUCUGGCUGCAACAUCCAAGCCACUUCAUGGGGUGCUUUCAGCUCUACGUCUGUGUUUGCUAGAGGUGCCCGCUGUGUCGCAAUCCUUUUCACAGUCUAACCUGACUCCCAGUUGGCGCCCCCUCCUUUCGUGCUUGGUGAGCACUUUGCAAGAGAUCGCAUCCUUUAUCCUGAGUGCUCUGCAAAAAGCAUGGGAUGAGGACAUUCCAGAUGCAGUUGCACCAUCUUUUGAGGAUAUGGGGAAGGCAGUGAAUGCUUUGAUUGCACAGGGAUGUGGUCUGGAUGAAGUACAUGGAUCAGUUCUUAUAUCAGAAGAGCACAGUCUCAUCAUGACUUGCUGUUGGGUCUCAUUAAAGGAAAUCGGAGUGCUAUUGGGACCUCUAGUGGAGAGAUUGAUUUCUUCCCCAGUUCCUUUAUUGUCUGUCUCUGCAGUACAAGAAUCUGUUGCAACUUAUCAGGAUAUAUUUAUGCGAUGCCGUCACUGGGGUGCAGUAGAGGGCUGCAUUGCAGGAUUUACUAAGCUUUGCUGUGCGUUGCUUUGCAAUGAAGAUCAAAAACUGAGCACUAUCCCUGGAAACAUAAUGGAACAGGGCCUGGCUGAAUGUCGCUCUCAGCACUCUGUCUCUGUCACACGUAGAGGUGCUGGUUUCCCUGUUCUCCUCCAGAGCAUUCUGUGUGCAGAAGGGUCACCGCACACCUUGUUAGUAUCCUGUGUGAGUUCUUUAUUAGAACUGGCCAAGGAACCACUGCCUUCUGACUGGGAUCUGACCAGAGAUCUUCCACAGGUUUCUGCAGUGCACGCUCUUCAAACGAUGCUGCGUUCUUCUGUCCUUCGAUCUAAUCUGCUCACCCAUGCUGUUAAACUGAUGUCUCUUGCUCUCCACAAUCUGAGGAGCCCAUGCUGGUCCAUGCGUAAUGCAGCUUUACAACUUUUCAGUGCCUUGACAGGGGGUAUGCUGGGCUUGUCUCGCAGUCAUGGGGACAGUUCAGUGAAGAGCACUGUGUCUGUGGGUGCUUUGCUGAGAAGGUUCCCAGGACUUAAGAAUGUGCUCCGGCAGGAGCUACAAGACUCUCAGCAGUCAGGGAAGGUGCUACACCCCAGUUUACAUCCAGUCCUAACACUUCUUGCCAGACUGCAGCCAGGAGGAGACAACGAGGCUGACUGUUUUCUGGAUCCUCUGCUGUGCCUGGCUGGAAAUCCUAUAUAUGCAGUACGAGUCAUAGCGGCUCGUGCAAUUGUACCCAUUGUCCAAGAGGACAAUUAUCAUCAUCUGCUAUUACAGUUGGCUCAGAGCAUACCCAAAUCAAGUGGAGUAGUGUCCCACAAUGCACUACAUGGCUGUCUUCUACAAAUCCAUGCUCUGCUGGCUGAAACAUUGAAAGAAAACCGCCUACCAGAGAGUUUUGGAUGUGACUUUGCCCAGAGGUUGCUUCCAGCCCUUUGGCUGCUUUCUCCAAGUCAAAAAUGUCCUUUGAUUCGAGCCUCAUUCCUUGAUGUGCUUUCUCUGUUGGUGCCAAUGAAUGGUGCGGAGUAUGCACGACUGGUGGAUGAGGCUGUUUGCACAGCACUCAAAGCACAGGAUUUCGAUAAACAGGUGGGCUCUGAUGUUUUCCAUGAGGCAUGUGUUCUGUAUAUGUGCAAAGAGUCUGACCGGUUGUCUGAUCAUGUCAACCAAGUUGUGCUCCAACUUCUUCAGGAUGGCGAUCCUGCUCUGUACAAAUGGCUCAAGGGGAAAAUUAAUUGUGAUAUGUCUUCAGCAAUGGGCAAGGCUGUGAGAGAUGCCCUUCAGGACAAAUUCUGUUCAGUGCUGCUUUCUGGUAGUGCCCCUGAGGAUCUAACACCGUGCCUGGAGGCUUUUGUUCAUGUGCACAGUGUGUGCUUUCCAUCAUAUGUUCUCAACUUGCCUGAAAAGCAGGAGAUACGCUGUGCACACAUUCUUCUUGGUCUUCUGGAAUCUGGUAGAGAAGGACCUCAGCUUCAGGGCCAGGCCCUGCGUGCCGUCGGCUUGUUGCUAAAACAUGGGACCAUGCUACAGGACAUCUCGGUUUGCUCAAGAUGGCUGGAUGUUCUCUCAUCUUGUGCUGACCCGGUUUCAUCCUGCGAGGAGCUAAGGCUGGCUGCUGCACAUGCUCUACACGUUGGCGGAGCUGACCUAGUGAGACAAGCACUUGGUGACAGUACCUAUGGGUUGACACAACUGGCUGUAAGGCAAGAAGGGUCUAUACUAUGGAUGUCAAUAUUUCAAAGUUUUUCUCUAGGCAUGCUUACAUAUUCCAUUCUCCACCUCUUUUUCCUGUUCCAAUUUGUGUGUGCUUGGAUUUUCUUGGUUCUCUCUCCUUUAAAGACUUAAUUCCUUUUAGCUGUUUCUCCACAUUUAUAUAGUUUAAAUCUUUCUCUCAUCCUGUAACUGUCACUUCACUUUAGUAUUUUCCACAAAACUUUACUUUUUUUAUUAGGGCCCUAAGCAAUGGAGUUGAUCUCUUGCAAGAUGAAGAACGGAGUGUAAGAGAUACUGCUGCCAGAUUUGCUGUUGUUGCCCUUGGUAAGCCAGUUGAGAUGACUUUGCAGAGUGAUCGGGCUCUCCUGCAUCUCCUCCAGCUCUUGAGGGACCACUUCUGGGAUUGUGAGGAAACGUUUCAUUCACUUUUACUUAGAUUGCCUCCCUGUGAUCUUCACACAGCACUUACAACUCUCCAAGACAGGUCAGUCAGCCUAUAUGAAGAGGAUGAGCCCAAUGUGUUUGCAGAUCCAUUGUUUCUUUCAUCGCUAGUAUCCCCAAUACUACGUAGUCUGCUUUGCUCUAUGUCCACCAACUCCUCAUUGUGUUCAGUCGGGCUGCAGUGGGUGACACACACUUUCCCUAUUGUGCAAGAGCAGAUCCAACUCUGUCUUCAUUGGGUGCAAGCACAAGGGUCUGCCUCCCAGCUCAUGUUGAAGGCCUCUGGGUGCCCACGUGUGCAGGCUGCUGUUCUGGGAUUGCUGGAGCAUGGGCAGAUACUUCUAAAAGCUAUGGAAAUAUUAACCCCUCUGCAAACUGCACAGCUAGGAACGAGGUCAGACUGUCUUCAUGAAAGACUUGCAGUGCUGCAGGCAGAAUUCAGACCACAGAGGAUUUUACUCCCAUUUAUGGAGGCAGCAGAAUGAACUGAACUAUGUUUUUGUUCUACCAUUGGUAUAUGGAAUCUUGAUCAUCUGAUUUGAUCCUUGAUUUGGGCCCCUCAUGCUGCAAUGCUAGCAGAUAUUUAUUCAUCUAUGU